AUGUCUCCCGGCAUGUCCUUAUUCUCGGUGAAUGCCGUCAUCAUUUUGAGCAGCGAUGACGGCUCCCGCCUCUUCAGCAAAUACUACACCGCACCCCACCAACCGGCCACCGGUGCCGGUCACGCCUCCGCUGCGCCGACCCCCAAGAACCCCUACCCCGACGUCAAGUCCCAAAAGUCCUUCGAGAAGGGCCUGCUAGAGAAGACGGCCAAGCAGACGGGAGACAUCAUCCUCUACGACAACAGGAUCGUGCUGUACAAGAUGGAGUCGGACGUCAUGAUGUACGUCGUGGGCGGUGCCGACGAGAACGAGGUCCUGCUCUACAACGUCAUCCUGGCGCUGCGCGAUUCACUACAUCUGCUCUUCAAACAAUCCGUAGACAAGCGCACCAUCAUCGAGAACUACGACCUCGUCUCGCUCGCCAUCGACGAGAUUGUCGACGACGGCAUCAUCCUCGAGACUGACCCCACCAUCAUCGUCCAGAGGGUGAGCAAAGCGCCGACCCAGGACGUCGACCUGCGCCGCAUCGACCCCUUCAGCGAGCAGGGCGUCAACAACCUGGCGCAGCUGGGCAGGGCCAAGCUGACGGACUGGCUGAGGCAAGGGCUGUGA